UUUUAAUUUAAUAGAUUUUCCAAACGAAAAGUGUUCUUUUAGAUUUAUAUCAUGUUUAAAAAUACAAAAAUAACGUUCAAAUAUAGUUAUGAAUAGAGAUGUAUUAAAUAUAUGUUGUUCAAGUUUAAUUCAUAAUAGAAAACCAUAUUUAUAUACAAAUUAUUAAGGAUAGAAAUCAAAAGAAAGUCAAAAAUCUAUUUCAGAAGAUUUUAGUCACAUAAAAAUAUAUGCAAAUUUAGAAAUACCAAGGAGAUGGAUUGUUAAUAUAUACUCUUUUAUAGAACAUUAAAAUUAAUAAAAAUGUCUAUAAAUAGGGGAUGUAAUUUGGUUAAAGUUAUCUGAAUUAAAUGUAAAAAAAAAAAAAGAAUAAAAAAAUAUUUAAAAAAAACAAAAAGUUAUUGAGACUAAUUUAAUUAUUAAAUCUAAUACUCUAUUACAUUAAAAGUCAAAUUUAAAUUUAUAAAAUGAUAUGUAAUCUUAAGAUAACAAUAUAUUUUAAGUAUCAGCAAAAUUCGAUUAAUAUAAAUAAUUAACUGAAAAUAAUAGUUAAAAUAAUUAAGUUUAUUUAGAAAUGGGGAAAUAAGAUUUGGAAUUAAAUCCAACUUUAAAAUACGAAAUCGAAUAUAAUGAUAAUUUAAUAAAUAAAAUUAAAAAUUAAUUAUUUUAAAAUCAUUGCCUUCUGUUUGUCUAGGAUAAAGCCAUGAAUGGUCUAUGGAAAAUAGAAGCUGAAAAUGUAAGUUAAGGUGGUAUAUUAUAUCUGGACUCUAAAUUUAAAUUAAAAAAUUUUAGUAUAGGGAAAUAUUUGACAGUAAAAUAAGAAAAAGUAUGUUAUAAAAAUAUUUGCAUUUUUCAAAUUAAUAUAAUUUAAUUAUUUAUUUAAAUAUAAAAGGAUUAGUUUAUAUUAGAUCUUUCUUCUCAAAAUGAUAAGGGUUCGCUUUUUUAAUUUGUGAUAAUAAAUUAAUAAAAUAAUGCAAAUAAUUAGAAAUUCGUUACUAACAAAGACAAUACUUUUAAUAUUUUAAGAGCUGAUUUUGAAGAUACUUGGGAUAGUAAAUUUCUUAUGUAUUCUUUACCAGUAUUUUUAAAAGCUACUAAAAAUUUAAAUAUAAUCAAGGGUAAAACAAUUGAACAACUUUGGAAAGAAAGAAAUUCUAUUAGAAGUACACUAUCUAAUAUUAAUUUUAUUAUUAAAUAGUUUGAAUAAUAUGUGAAUAAUAGUCUUAUUUCUUUAAUUGACUCUUCUUAAGAAUAUGGACUUCCAAGUUAAAUAAGAUAGAAUGUUUUAUAUAUAAAUUUAGAAUAGUAUGUUUUAGGAAUACUUUUACUUUUAUUAAGUUUUAUAUUUCCAUCAAAAGAAGAAUUUGAAAAACAUAACAAUAAUAAUUUACAUGAUAUAUUAGAUAUUUAUACUAAAGAAUAAUGGCCAAUAGAAUAUGAAUAUAAUAAUAAUUAAAAUCAAACUUUAUAUCAUGAGAAGUUUUUAAAAGAAUUAUUUUGCAAAAAAUAUGGAUUAUCUUAUAAAUUAUAUAUUGUUUUGAAAUAAAUUUGUAAAUUAAAUGAAUAAAACUAAUUGUAUAUUUUCAAAUUUAUUCAUAUUUUAUUACCUCAUAUUGGAUAUGGAGAUUUCGUUUGUUAAACUAUUAAUGAUAUUUUCUGUAAGAAUUUUAACAUAUUAUAAAAUAUGUUAAAUAAUUAAAGAUUAUUAAAUACGAUAGAUUCAUAAAAUAUAUUACAAUAAAUUAUUCAAAAAAUAGGAUAGUUUCCAAGAUAUUAAAUGAACGGAGUUCUUUAUUUUUUAAGAAACUGCUGUGUCCUUAAUAAUAAAGCAAUAUAUAACAAUUAAUAAUACAUUUUUAAUUAAGAAAUUUUCUAGAUUAUUUUUAUUAGAUAUGUUUAGAUAAAGAAAAAAACGAAUUUAUACUAAGAUUAAAAGAUGAAAAAAACAAAGUAAAAGAAAUACCCUUAUAAAAAUUUAUGGAAGAAAACUAAGUAAAAAAAUAUAAUUAUUAAAAAAUAAAAAAAACAAAUAAAAAAGUUAUUAUCAACUUUAUUAAAAGAAAAAUAAUAUAAAUAUUUCAAAAACUAAUUAGACUUAUAUUCAAGUCUAUGUAAAGACCGGAAUUAAAAUGCAUAUAAUUAAUUUUAGUAAAUAUUUAAGUUAAAUACAUGUGUUGAAUUUAUAAUAAAAAAUGUAAAUAUAGAUAAUUAUUUAUGUGCCAUAUUUUUACGUAUGAUAUCAUCGCUUCAUAUAAAUAAAUAUCCAAACUAAAAACUUGCUGUUCCUAAUUUAGUUCGUACUUUAAAAAUUGAUUUAAAAAAAUAAUAAGCUAUUUUAUAAAGUUAAAUGAGAAAUUUAUUAACAAGUACAAUAAGUAAAAUAAUAAAGAAAUGUAAUGUUUUGAUUAAAUUAAACAAUAAUGAAAGAAAAAAAUAAGAAUAAGAAAGUCAGUAAUUAGAGAUUUUAAAAAAAAUAUUAAUUGAAUAUUUAGAAAGUAAAAUAGAAAACUUAUAUUGUUCUUAAUAAAAUAUUAUAUAUGAUAAUUUUAUGUAUGAAGCAAUAAAUACUUUAUUAAAAAUGCUUUAAUUUAAUUAGUUUUCUGUUAAUGAAUAAAAUCAAGAAUAAUACUUCAAAAAUAUAGAAAGAUUAAUAAAAGUUCUUGCCAUUAUACUAGAAUUUGAUUAUAUUUAUUUUUCUGAAGUAAAAAAGCUCAACUUAAAAAGAAAAUAUGAGGAGUUUAAUAAAUAAAAUCAAACAAAUAAUAAACAUAAGAAAAUUUUUUUUAAAUAAAGAGCUUCUUCUGAUUUUUUAUUAUAAAAAGAAAGCUCUCUUGAUUAAGUAAAUAAUAAUGAAAAUGAAAAUAUAGAACGUGGUGGAUAUUAAAGUUUAGUGAUAUAAGAUAGUAUUUUAUAUAAAAUAUAAAAUCUAAAUAAAGUAUUAUAAAGAUAUGUUAAUAAAACUUAUUCAUUUAAAGAAGAAAAUGAGUAUUUUGAAUAAGAAAAUUAAAUAAAAAUAAAAAUUUGUGAUUUUUUUAUUUAUUUAUUAGAUUUGAGAUAAGAUUUUUUUAUAGAAAAUUUAAUUUGUUUAUUUAGAAAUGUAAAAAUAAAUAAAAAUAUUUAUUUUAUUUUAUUUUUUUUAGAAAAAUAAAAAAAUAAAAAAAAUAUAUUUUAAAAGAAACUUAUUAAUUUCAAAAAAGAUGAAUUUCAUAAAAUUGAAGAAGAAAUUAUUUUCGUUUUACCUUCUGGAUUAACUUAAAUAGGAUAAUAAGUAAAAUAAGAAAAAAUUAAAAAUUUCACAGAAUCUAAAUACUAUCUUAGAUAAUUUGAUGAAAUUUUAAAUAGACCAUUUUUAGAAAUUCUUUUAUUUUCCUUUUAUAAUACACAAUAUGAUGAAUUAAAAAAAAGCUUACUCAAUUUGAUUAACAAAUGUUUAAAUCAAAAAGAAGAAUUUAUAAAAUAUAUAAAUUAAUUGGAAUUAUUAUUCUAAGAAAAAGAUAAAAUUAUCUAUAUUAAUUUAAAAUCUUAAAUAAAAAUGCUUAAAAAUCUCACUUCAAAUAGUAAUGUAUGGCUUAAUAUUGAUGAUUAUACAAAUUUUCCUAAAGAAUAUGAAUAAAUACAAGAAACAAUUGUUAAAUUAUUUAAUAUAGAAAGUAUUUUUAAAAAAGAUAAUUUAGAUAUGUAAUUAUAUCUCUAUAGGCAUAUAAUUAUUUUUUUUAAAAAAAAAUUAAUUAAAAGUAAUAAAACAAAAAUGGUUUAAAAUAUAUUCUCUUGUAUAGGAGGUAAUCAAUGCAUUUAUUAACUUAUUGAAAAAGGUUUAGAUGUUCUUGAAAAUAAACAAAUAUAUAAUGAAAACAUUCUUAAAGUUUUAAUGAUUUCAUUUACAAUUUUAAGCCAAAUGUGUAAAUAUAAUACAGAAAAUUAAACAUUAUUUUUUAAUUAAUACUUCAGGCAAUUAUAAAAUUAUAAAAAAAUAAAUAUUGGAUAAGUCGAAUUUAUGUAAGAAAUAUUGAAAGAUAAUUUUAACGUUUUAUAAAAUAUAGAUAAAAAUGAUUUAUUAUAUUUUGUCGAAUUAAUAUCUAUUCACGGAUAAUACACUCAAUUUUUAGAUAUUUAUGAUAUAAUCAUUAAUAUUAUAUAAAAUUAGCUUUAUUUGAUAAUAAUAAAGCAAGUAGAAUAAAUGUAUAAAAAAUUAUAAAAAAAUAUAUUAUUUGAUAUAAAAAUAAAAUAGCCUUUUAAACCAAAAGAAAAAAAGUAAAAACUUCAUUAGAAAUUUUAUAUAAUAGAUAUUGAUUAAUAAGAAUACAAAGAAAAAUUUACGAUAAUAAUAUAAAGAGCUUUAAGAGAUUAAUUAGAUAUAUAUUUAAUAAAUAAUAUUAGUUAUUAAGUCACUGCAAAUAAUUUAUUAAAAUAUUUAUAUUAAAAUACUUAAAAUUCGUAUAUUAAUUUUAUAUAUAUAUGUAUAUAUUUAUAUAUAAUUAUUAUAUUUAAAAAUAAAAAAAAAAGUAUACAAAACUUUAUUUUAAAAGGCGCGAUAUGUGAUUUACUGCUAUGCUUUGUAUCUUCAAAACCUUUUUAAGAUUAAUUUUAUUAAUAUACUAAUAUAUUUAUAGAUAUAAUUACAAACGAAUAAUUGUAAUUAAUGAACUAUUAAUCAUAUUAAGGAAAAUAUUAUAUUUUAGAUAAGUUUUUGCCUUUAUUUAAUUACUAUACAUAAUAACAUUUAAAAGACUUAUAAUAUUCAUAAAAAAGUAAAGACUUAAUAUACCAAGAGAAAAUUUAUUAAUUUGCAAACUUAAUGAAUGAUCUAUUUAAGUAAAUAUACACACUAAAGGAUUUCUAAGUAGAAAUUGAAAUUGAAAAGUAAAUAUAAAUUUUUAAUAGUAUUUUUGGAUUAAGUCUAGGAAAUCAAAAAGCUGAAUAAACUUUAAUUUCUCCAAUAAAAAAUUAAUAUUUUUCUUAAUUAUCCUAUACUGAGGUUGGAGAUGAUAUUACAUUAUAGAAUGUUAGAAAAGAUUUUUCAACUAAAAUUAAAUCUAUAAAACAAAAAAUAGCCAUAUUACUUAAUCCUAAUAACAUGAUUAAAAAAUAAAAAUUCUGUUUAAAAACUAGACAAUAAAUAAUAUGA